AUGUCCGAGUCCACCAAAAAUACCCCCAACUCAACCGCCGAAUGGUUACUUUAUCUAACUGAUGGCCAGAAACCAGAUGAAGUCUACGAAAAAGCGGCUGAUUCUACUCUAUUCGACGUUGCCGAAGGAUCUCAGGUAUGGAGCCUUUACUAUCAGCGUAUUAUUUCCUCGAAUACUGCCUGCAAUUCUGAUAAACUGAAUGAAAUAUGGCUCAAAAGGCUUGCGAUUCCCUCAUUGAAUAUUGAUCAGCUUUAUAGUGAGUAUUCUAAAUUCGUUAGUCAGAACUAUUCGCAGGAAGAAUAUGUCAUUAAGAUGCAAGAAGCCCGAGCUAUCGAGUCAAAGGCGGAGAAAUUGACCUCCAAAUUGGAAAGAUUUGAGUUAAAAAUAGCAGAGAAUGCCAAUGAGCCGAGGAUCUGGAAGGAGUAUCUCAAUUAUUGCCACUUUAAGUUAACAAAAUCAGAGUACUCGUUGGAAUUAACCAGGGCCGUGUUUCGUAGGAUGAUGAUCCUUAGCAGAGGACAUCAAUGGUACCAUAUUUGGAGGAGAUAUGCAUCUAUGGGCGUCGAGGUCGAUCUGAAUUGGUUUUAUACGCAGAUGGCACAAAGGCAUCCCCAGGAAUCAGAUAUCAUCAAACUUAUUAUGCAUGAAUGUUCAGCCGAUAUCACUAAAAUCGUUGAGUACUACGAUACUCUUUUUAUUUUAAAGCCAGAAGAACCAGAUAAUACGAGGAGAAACCUUGAGGGAUUGAUUUGGAGACUUAACAGAGUCGAGCGGUCUUCAGAAUUCGUCCAUAAGUCAAUGCCUCGACUGGUGCAUUUAAUAUUCAGGUGGUGCCAAGGAUUGGAUUUGAGAGACGUCGAGCGAUGCUGCUUGGAAACAUUGAGGAGGUAUGAGUCUGUGGAGGAACUUUGGAAACUGGCUAAUGAGUAUCUAGAUGAUUCUGAGAAAUCCACCAGUUCAAAUGGAGAUGAUUGGGCUUAUUGUCUUGACAUUUUGAUGAGCUUUGAUGAUGGUAGUUAUACUAUGAGACUAUUUGAUGAAUGUUCGAGAGUAAUAAAACAUAUUACUGAAUGUAAAGGACUUUUAUCGAGAUGGAAUAUGUUUCGUACAAUUUACGUGACCGAGGAUCGGGUCUAUCCGAUGGACGAGGCCAGUCAAAAUGUUGAAGCAAAAGUAGAGAGCUAUCCGGAGAUGAAAAAACGACCACGCAUAAACAAUUUAUCUGUGGCAUUGCAAGAAGGAAGAGAAAUUUACAUUACAGAUAUCAGUUUUGAGGCCACAGAAGAAACUAUUAGGGAGAUCUUUAGUGAUUUCGGAGAAAUUGAAAUGGUGAAACUACCGUUCAAGAAAAAUCGUGGUAUCAAGAAUAUAUUUAACGAUGGCUAUGGCUAUGUGUCAUACGAGACUGCAGAAGCUGCCGCUGAAGCAGUAAGAAUAUUGAAUGGAAAGGCUAUUAAGGGAAGAGAGAUUCGGGUGGUUAAGGCAGAGAUGGACAAAGUUAAUACAAGUUUACGGAAAAGAACCAAAAAAUUUGAUACUGCCAGGAGUAUCUCAGUCCUGAAUAUUCCCAGCAUGGUAGGUACGGAGAAGUUGAAAGAGAUUUUGGAACAAGUGGGAAAAAUUACCAAUUAUAAGGAAGACAGGAAAAUUGAUGGAGCAGUAGUGGAAUUUUCCAAUCAAAAGGAGAGUGGGAUGGCAGCAUUAAGAUUGGAUGGAGUGAAGAUAGAAGGUAGUGAAAGGCCUUUGAAAAUAGGUGAGAUAAGUUCAUUUCGCAAGGCCGGCGGAAGAAUCUAA